AUGGCGUGGAAAAUUGCCGCUUGUCAGGCCCUAGCAAGUGCUAAUCCAAUCACCGAACGCGCACGGGUCGAGUUCAGCGUGUGUUCCAGAGGAGAGGUGAUCCGGGUGAAGGUUCUGGGGACUCUGGCUCUGAUCGACGAAGGACAAACCGACUGGAAGGUCAUAGUCAUCAAUACAGAGGACCCCCAGGCAAACGAGUUUAACGAUAUAGAGGAUGUGCGCAGGUUGAAGCCGGGGUAUCUGGAGGCCACACACGAUUGGUUCAAACGAUACAAAGUCCCAGACGGAAAACCAGAAAAUGAGUUUGCUUUUAACGGAGAAUUCAAGAACAAGGACUUUGCCACUAAAAUUGUGAGGGGCACUCAUCAGUACUGGAGAGCUCUGAUCCUAAAUCAAGCUGAGGCUGGAGAACUCAACUGUAUCAACACAACUGUUGCUGACAGUCCAUUCCGCAUUUCAGCAGCAGCAGCAGAGGACAUAGUCAAAGCGGCCAGUCCUUUGGGACCUGCAGCACCCAUUCCCAGUUCAGGUAAAACAUAA